AUGACUUCUACCGGCAGAGGCUUUGAGCCUGCCACUUCGUACGAGCCCAAAAAGCAGGGCUACCAUGUCGAUGAAGAGAACAACAACUACGAUCCUCGCCCCAGUAGCGUGGGGUCAAUGAGAGCCGUUAGCGACAACACCCAUCGCAAGCUCAAAAGCAGACACAUUCAGCUCAUAGGCAUCGGUGGAACCAUUGGCACUGCCCUCUAUGUCCAAAUUGGUCGAGGCCUCAUGAAUGGAGGGCCUGCGUCCCUAUUCAUCGCAUUUUCGUUGUGGUGUACCGUCAUUUUGGCUGUGACGCUUAGCAUUGCCGAAAUGGUUACUUACCUCCCAAUAUCUUCACCAUUCAUUCGCUUCGCUGGACGCUACGUGGACGACGCCUUCGGCUUCGCAGCUGGAUGGAAUUUCUUCGUCUUCGAAGCAGCCCUGGUGCCCUUUGAAAUUGUGGCUUGCAACGUCAUUAUCGGCUUUUGGAGCAACGCCGUGCCCACUGGUGCCAUCAUCGCAAUCGUUCUUGUGCUCUAUGCUGUCAUCAACAUGAUGGCUGUAAAAUGGUAUGGAGAAACCGAGUUCUACGCUGCAGUUGGAAAAGUCCUUCUCAUCAUCGGUCUCCUCAUCUUCACCUUCAUCUCCAUGUUAGGCGGAAACCCGGAAAAAGACCGUUACGGCUUCCGCUACUGGAAGAACCCCGGAAGUUUCACAGAGCUCUAUUACGAUGGCGAACUAGGUAGAUUCCUCGGUUUCCUCCAAUGCCUAAUCCAGGCCUCCUUCACCAUCGCCGGACCCGACUACGUCUCCAUGGCCGCCGGCGAAACCGAAAACCCGCGCAAAGUCAUGCCGCGCGCCUACAACGCUGUCUUCUACCGCCUAACCACCUUCUUCGUGCUCGGCUCCCUCGCCGUAGGCAUAAACGUGCCCUACAACGACCCGGAACUCAUCAGCGCCUUCAAACUAGGUAAACCCGGUGCAGCAGCCUCGCCCUACGUCAUUGCAAUGAACAGACUCCGCAUCGAAGGCCUCCCCCACGUCGUCAACGCCGGCGUCCUCGCCUCCGCCUUUUCCGCAGGAAAUUCCUACGUCUACUGCGCUUCGCGCUCGCUCUUUGGUCUCGCGCUCGAGGGCAAAGCACCCAAGAUCCUGACGAAGUGCACAAAGCAAGGUGUGCCCUUCUACUGUGUCUUCAUCGUCUUGCUCAUCUCGCUGCUUUCCUUCCUUCAGCUGAGCGAGAACUCGGCUGUCGUACUGAACUGGUUCGUUAGCUUGGUGACGGCGUCGCAGCUCAUCAAUUUCAGCGUCAUGUGCUUUACAUUCUUGCGCUUCUACAAGGCGUGUCAUGUUCAGGGGCUCGAUCGCGAUACCUUACCCUACAAGGGCAUUCUGCAACCGUAUGCGGCGUGGUAUGGGCUUGUGUGCACGUUUAUCAUGACGUUUGUGGGGGGUUACACCGUGUUUUUGAAGGGCAUGUGGGAUGUGCCUUCGUUCUUGUUUUCGUAUCUGAUGGUCUUUAUUUUCCCUGUUCUUGUCAUCGGAUGGAAGAUUUUUAAGAAGACGACGUGGGUUACGUCCGACAAGGCGGAUCUGAUUUCGGGACUGGCGGAGAUUGAGGAGUAUCAUCGUGAUUUCGUCGAGAAACCUGAGGCGAACCCAUUCAAUCGCUUUUUAGACAAGAUUUUUGGGUAA